AUGAAUGAAGUUCUCGCCAGCAUGAAGUUAAUAAAGAUGUUUGCAUGGGAAGAAUCGUUUAAACAAUCUAUAUUGGGUCUCAGAGAAACGGAAACUAGACCAUUGCUGCAUUCGACAAUAUUGAAUUUGAUUAGCAAUGCCAUAAUACCAGUUACUCCUUCACUUGCUACGGUAGCCACAAUAUCCAUGUAUGUUUAUGCAGGAAAUGACCUAACAGCUGCAACAGCAUUUUCGAUUGUCGCCACUCUCAGUUUUAUGCGAAUUACGGUCACCAUCGUUCCUUUCGCCUCCCGGAUAUUUGGAGAAACAAGGAUCAGUUUUGAAAGAAUAAAGCGCUUUAUGUUAGAGGAAGAAUUCACGCCACCAAGUCGUAAUGUCGUAGAAUCGGAUAAUGCUAUUGAAGUACGGGAUGCAGUAUUUAUGUGGGAAGAAGAUACUUAUACUAUUCCCAGUGAAAAACUCAAACAGAAAAGUACAGAAGGUUUGAAUCCUCGUUCUUCGAUAACAGCUCUAUCGUUGAAGAGCAUCAAUAUUGCAGUCAGACGGGGUCGGCAUAUCGGAGUUUGUGGUGCAGUUGGUUGUGGUAAAUCGUCCUUGUUGCAAGCGCUUAUCGGAAGGAUGCCAUUGAUUAACGGCCAUCUUGCGGUUGAUGGCUCAGUUGCGUAUGCGGCACAGCAAGCAUGGAUAUUCAACGGGACAUUGAGAGAAAAUAUUCUCUUUGGAAAACCUUUUGAAAACGAUUGGUACACUAAGGUUUUGCACGCCUGCAGUUUGGAUCCUGAUAUUCGCAUUCUGGCCAAUGGGGACAUGACUGAGAUUGGUGAUAAAGGAAUAAAUCUCAGUGGUGGUCAGAAACAACGAGUAAGUCUAGCUCGUGCUGUCUACAGUAAAAGCGACAUCUAUCUCCUUGACGACCCGCUAUCCGCAGUUGACGUUCAUGUCGGACAACACUUGUUUCAUAAAUGUAUCGAUAACGUUUUGACGGAUAGAACAGUUGUUUUGGUGACUCAUCAACUUCAGUAUUUAAAACACUGUGACGAAAUAUACGUUAUGAAUGAUGGUGCGAUUGCCGAAUUUGGAACACAUGAGUCACUGUUGACCCUGGACGGACUGUACACUAUAAUGGUGGAACAGUAUAAUUCCAACAUGAACUUUACAGAUACAAUAGCUGACCAAUCGCUAGAAGACGAUGAAAAUGUAGAAUUCAUGGAUAUCACGACAAAACAGCAACAACAUAAUUAUUCAAUAGGUGCUGCAAAAAAAGAUAAUCACGAAAAAGGAAUUCUGACAGAUAGGGAGACAUCUACAGCUGGCGACAUUAGUCUUAAGACAUACAUGAGCUAUAUCAAUGCUGCUGGAGGCAAAAUAGUGACAGCAUUGGUGUUAUUGUUGUAUUUUUUGUCUAUUUCUUCGGUUUCCUUCAGUGACUGCUGGCUUGGAAUCUGGAUCAAGCAGACAGUGACGAUAAAAGCUUCUGCCAAUUUGCACAACAAUGCCCUUGGCAGAGUGAUGAGUGCCCCCAUGCAGUACUUUGACGCCAACCCCACGGGUAGAAUCCUAAACCGAUUCUCACGAGAUGUGGACGAUGCGGAUAUAUUUAUCCCUAAUCUGUUGGAUAGCCUUAUUCAAGUUUUGAUCCUAAUAAUAGCCUCCCUUGCCACAACAGCCUUCAAUUUUCCUUGGUUUAUCGCCGCGCUUGUUCCAAUAGGACUUUACUUCUGCGUUGUCAAAACCUUCGCAUCCGUAUCAAUCCGAAAUUUCAAACGGCUGGAAAACGUCUUGCGGUCACCACUUAUAAAUCAUGUAACCAUGUCAUGCAACGGACUUGGUACCAUCGUGGCCUAUUCACAGGAAAACGACUUCUUGAAUGGAUGUUACAAAUACUCGGACACGACUUCAAUGGGACUGAUGUUGUUCGAAGCUAGUAUGAGAUGGAUGUGUCUAAGAAUGGACCUUGGGUCAGCUGUUAUUGCCACCAUCACAGCUAUCAUCGUGUUGUUCACUAAAGGUUCUAUAUCCCCUGCUUUGGCAGCUCUGUCCCUCACUAUGUCAUUCAAGGUAUCAUCAGUUAUCCAGUUCCUCGCCCGUAUGGUGAAUGAGGUGGAAGCUAGAUUUACAGCUAUUGAACGUCUUCAUGAAUAUGAGGAUCUAGCUAUAGAGAAGGAAACUGGAAGAAUGCAGGUUGACAAAGAAUGGCCAAGCCAGGGAAGGAUACUAUUUUCAAAUGUGAUAAUGAAAUAUCGCAAGGACCUGGAUCCUGUACUUCAUAACAUCAGUUUCGAUAUCCGUCCCAAAGAAAAGGUCGGCAUUGUCGGACGCACAGGCGCGGGCAAAUCAUCAUUAGUUGCUGCGUUGUUUCGGCUGAAUGAUCUAUCAGAAGGUGAAAUAAUCAUUGAUGCCGUCAAAAUCAGAACUAUAUCUCGGGAACGUCUACGAUUAAGUUUGUCAUCGAUUCCACAAGAUCCUGCCCUUUUUGCCGGAACAUUACGGUACAAUCUAGAUCCCUUCAGCAAAUAUACGGACGCAAAAAUAUGGGCAGCACUGGAACAAGUCCAGAUGAAAGAAAAGAUGUUACUUCUUGACCAGAGUCUUGACUCACGCAUCGAGGAAAACGGUGAAAACUUCUCCGUGGGUGAGAGACAACUUAUAUGCUUGGCACGCGCAAUCCUACGUCAAAAUAAGAUUCUGGUCCUGGACGAAGCAACAGCCUCUGUCGACACAGCAACGGAUGUCAUGAUCCAACAGACGAUUCGAGACAGCUUUGCCGACUGUACCGUCCUUACGAUCGCUCACAGACUCAACACCGUGCUUCAUUGCGAUGUUAUUAUGGUCAUGGAGGCUGGGAGGGUGAUAGAAAUUGGAAAUCCUCAUUCCUUGUUGCAAAAUCCGUCUUCAAAUUUCAGCAAUAUGUUUCGGGCUCAAACCUUCCUGUCACACAAUGUUUGA